AUGCCGCCGCCAGUGUUGAAGACAAAUCCCGUACAAGCACCACAGCCGCCUCGUGUGUUUAAAGCGCCGGUAAUUAAACCGGCUCAGGCUGGUUCUACUCAUCCCACACCUGUGGAGAAUCCACCGAAACCACCUCCAAAGUCAAGAACGAAACGAUUCAUGAUGCCCAAAGGACUUUUGCCAGGCCAGCAGCCCACACAUCCUAAGCCCGUUAAGCAAGAGAAAAAAGACUCGGUCAAGCAAGAAAAUGUUUGUCUGGAAGCUGUCAAGAAAAAGGCAGACACGGCUCAACUAGGAGACCAGAAGCCUCUCGGGCCACGUGCGCCAACACCCAAGUCCACAGAUGGAAAGAAAAGUGAGGGAAAGCCCUUGAAACCGCCAAUUUCGCUCGAACUAACCCCGGCUGAGACUUCAAUCUCUGGGACUAAACGAGUUGCAGAGGGGCAGAUGGAGCAGAGAUGCAAUGAGCAGGAGCCAGUUCAGCAUGGCCUGGUUAAGCAGGUGCCGGUUGAGCGAAGGCAAGCAGUUGAGCCGUCAAAGAUGCCUCCGCCACCAAUACCCUCGCCGCAACGACCUACUUGUCUGAUGCCGCCGCCGAAUAUGCCCCCUCCUCCAAUUCCUCGAUCGCGAAUGACUCCCCCGAAAGUGCGCUCUUCGCAGGCGCCAUCACCGCAGGAGUUGUCGCCUCAGAGGCCGCCGCCGAGCACCCAGGCCAUUAUCCAGGACUGCUUCGACGACUUCUUUCCGACAGCUUCGCAGUUGGCCCUGGAACUCGAGGAUGAUGAGCCUGAUGAGAAUUCACAAGCCUUCGCCCAAUCUUCUCUCAAGGAAUACGAGUCUCCUCGGUUUACCAGCUUGGAAAAUAGUCUACCAGAGCGAACGCAACGGCAUGUUCUGGCCCGGCCGGUGAUCAGCGAUAUGGCAUCACAUCAAGCCAAGAAACCCCGUACUGAGGGUGUCGUCGAGUCUCACAAAAGCUCAAGAAACUCUAGACCAACUGCAAAGCCGUCCAGCGCUUGCUUCACCAGCGUGCACCACACGCCACAGGCAGAACUGCCUACCACUGCCAAAUUUCAGACACCUGAUCCCAAGCAACGAGGGAAUCAAUGCUAUACAGAGAAACCAAACAGGGGCUUGCCGGGUCGAGCACCUUUCGCGCGCCCGGCCCCUGCGAAACCUACACCUUUCAGAGAAUACGGCCAGACGACAACAAAACCCAUCAGAAACGACCACCUGCACAGGACACCGAUAACGCCCAAACCCAGGGGCAUUCUACAGGAAAUCAGUCGCAACCGCAUUCCUCAGCCGAAGCCUCCGGCCGCCGCGAAACUUGUAUUCGACGACUUCUUCCCCCUGAUUUGUACUCAGGAUUUGAUGAUGUCGUCGCAGGAAGUGUUGGAGAUAGAGUCCCCGGCGAAGGUGGAUAGUGAACCGUCCUCCGGAGGUUCGCUGGGAGGUCCCGAGUACCAACCAUCACCCCUGACUGAAAUGGACUUGGCGGCUAUUGAUUGGGAUGACGACUUGGAUGACUUUUGA